GCGUCCCGACGAGGGGUGACAUUCAGCCGGCCGUGGGGCGCAGAGUGUCCGUCCCGGAGCCAUGGCCCAGUUCGUGCGGAACCUCGCGGAGAAGGCCCCCGCGCUGGUCAACGCUGCUGUGACUUACUCGAAACCGCGACUGGCCACAUUCUGGCACUAUGCCAAGGUGGAGCUGAUUCCACCCACCCCAGCUGAGAUCCCUGCAGCUGUCCAGGGCUUGAAGAAGAUAGUCAGUAGUGCCCAGACUGGCAGCUUCAAGCAGCUCACAGUGAAGCAAGCUCUGCUGAACGGUCUGGUGGCCACUGAGGUGUGGAUGUGGUUUUAUAUCGGCGAGAUCAUAGGCAAGCGUGGCAUCAUUGGCUAUAACGUCUGAAGACCGGUCUUUAACAUCUGCUCCUUUUUGGUGUAUUAUUUGAAUGUUCUUGGACCAUGAAAGAUCAGAGGGUAUUUGAAUAAAAAAAGAUAUGUCGAAAUCAA